AUGGCGGCAUUUGAAGCUGCACUGUCUGUCUCCUCCCUCUACUCUUCUUCUUUUUCUUCUUAUUCCUCUAAAUUCUUCGCAUCCCCCAAACCAUCCACCUCCCUGAAGCUUCAUAUUUCCAAUUCUAUCCCUCCUAUUUCCCGCAAUUUUCUGUAUUCUUCUCCCCCAUGCAUCCUCAACAACCCCGCAAGAAAACCCUUCUUUGAGCUGAUGUGCUUUGCGGUACAGGAGGUUACAGCUGAAGAAGAAGCAGUAGAAGAAAAAGCAGAGGAAACCCAAACGCAAAACCUGAAGAGAAAGCUCUACGUUGUGAAUUUGCCUUGGUCUCUCACUGUGGUGGAUAUCAAGAACCUCUUUGGCGAAUGUGGGACUGUUACAGAUGUUGAGAUUAUAAAGCAACCAAAUGGAAAGAGCAGAGGCUUUGCCUUUGUGACAAUGGCUUCUGGGGAAGAAGCUCAGGCUGUCAUUGAAAAGUUUCACUCUCAUGAGGUAUUGGAUAGGACUAUCAGAAUAGAGUUUGCAAAGCAAUUUAAGAAACCUUCUCCACCUCCUCCCAACCCCCAAAUUGUGGAGACACGCUAUAAGCUUUAUGUCUCCAAUUUGGGAUGGAAAGUAAGAUCAAGUCAUCUCAGAGAUUUUGUCUCUGAAAAUUUUAAAGUUCCUGUCUCAGCCAGGGUUGUCUUUAGUGGCCCCUCCGGGAAAUCUGGUGGAUAUGGAUUUCUUUCUUUUGCUACAAAGGAGGAAGCAGAGUCUGCAAUUUCUUCUUUGAAUGGGAAGGUUGGGGACAGUAUUGGUGUUGGACCAAUUAGUAGCAGGCCGGUGGUCAGUCUCUCUGAAAUAUUAACAUGGUUUCAGAGCAGAUUGAUUGACUGGGCCCAGGUUAUUGUGUCUCUACUAAGUUCGCAGGAUGAGCACGUGCUCAGCUCGAUUUACUGA